AUGAUGCGGUCAUACCUCCAGGCCCUGUGUGCAUUCCUCAUGCUUGCAUCAGUUGCUCAGGCGCAAUUCAAUUUCUUCGAUCACAUGUUUGGAGGCAACCAGCAACAACAAGGUCAUCAGCAAGGCUCGCAGGAUGUCCCUAGCGAUAGCGGUCGGUACCAAAACGCAUGGAGCUCAGCGCAAUGCAGCAACUACCUUUGCCCUGGAACCCUCGCCUGCGUUAGCUUCCCGCACCACUGCCCAUGUCCCCACCCCGAUGUCGAAGAGAAGGUUGAACUAGCCGAUGGAAGUGCGAUCUGUGUGUCCAAGGGAGGAUUUAAGGCGGGCGAAGCGACAAGAAAGAUUGAGUUGGCUCGCAAGGGACUCCUGUGA